AUGCAAGAAGUCGAAAUUCUACCACGAGAUGUCUUCAUCCAUUAUCUUAAUGUUCCAAAGGGAAAAGUCAUUUUAUGGUGGUUUUCUACUAAAAAGAAAAAUAUUUCUUUUGGCUUGUUUCAGAGAAAAAAUAAUAUUGUGGCUUCCGGAAACGUUUUUAUCGCUGCUCCAAAUACUCCGGAUCCUUAUCAGGACGGAAACGUAACUGGCCCAAUAUCACCUGCUAAAAUUGCAAUCUCUGAACAUAAACCUUUAGUAAAAAGUUUAGCCGCAAGUCUUAAAAGUAGAAAUUCUCUAGAUACUUAUCAGACCGAUGAAAAUGAUGAUAUAAAUGAGGAUGAUGUAAACCCUACUUUAAAUAAUCAACAAAGUAGUCGUGUGAGAGGACGUAAAAAAUCCGUAUCAGCUCAAAUUGCUAAAGAUCCAAGUUUAAAAGAAAUAUUACCAGUUGAGCAUUAUAAUUCUGCUACAACUACAAUUAAGGGUCGUUAUAAAGCAACUGAAGAAGGAACAUAUUGCCUAUGUUUUGAUAUUGAUGAGGAUCAAAAUGAACCUGAAAUAUCCGGCUGGUUAUUAAAAAAGAAGAGGAAAAAAAUGCAAGGUUGGGCUAAACGUUGGGUCCAAAUUGACAAUGGUGUUCUUUCAUAUUACCAGCAUCCUCAUAGUCCCUGUAGAGGGAAAAUACAUAUUGUCCUUUCAACUGUUUCGUCCAGUCAAUCUUAUCGUUCAAUACAUUUGGAUUCUGGAACUGCAACUUAUCAUCUAAAAGCUCUAACAAAUGAAGAGUUUGAUGCUUGGAUGACGGUUAUUCGUAAAUAUGUAAAUCUUUCUAAUGAAAAACAAUUUAAUGAUCUUGAAUACCACAGAGCUUCUUUUUACCAACAGCCUGGAGAAAUUGAAAGACUUCAAAGUUUAUAUUUUAAACGACAAGGCUUACUAGAAAGGCGUCAGAGUUUAAAUAAAACCAUUGAUCAACAAAAUGGUUUACUUCAAAAUAAUUUGGAUGAAGACCUCGGAAAAAUUUAUGGUGUAUUUAAUAACAUGGAUAAUGAAUUUAAAUUGAUUAAAGAGAAUUUAGAUACUCUUAAAAGAAAAUCUCGUAAAAAAUUUACUCUAUCUUUGCAACGAGGUCCAACUACUCCUCAAUCCGAUACAAUCCAACCACUACCAUCUCCUGUCACAACGCAAAUACCAUUAGAUCAAAUUCAUGAUAAAUUAUCUGUGAAUGUCACAACUUUAAAAAAAGAAAAGGACCAAGCUUUUAAUUUGUUACGUGCAGAAAUCGAAAAAUGGAAAUCGGUCGAUCGUGCAUAUCGUAAACUUGCUGCCGAAAAUGCUAAUUUGCAUGAGUCACAUGUUAAAAAUGAUAGCUUUGAUGAGAAGCUAGAACAUGAGUCUAAUGAUAUAGAUUAUGCUGAUAUUAAUAGUAUGAAAAAGACAAGAUCAAUGUCUAUGAGCACUAUAAAUACUCAUUCUGAAUUAUUUUUUGAUGCUGAAGAUAUUGAUUUAACUGAGGAUCUUUCUGCAACUGAAAGUGAUAUAGAUGUAAGUAAUACCAAUAUCAGUGAUGAGGAAAGUGACUCUAGUCCUGCAUUUAUUCAACUUCAACCAGUCUCAGUUGGUGUGUAUGAAAAACCUCUUGCUGAAAAUAAUUCUAGUGCCAGUCAACCAAUAACAAUACAAAGAAGAAAAGUUCUUCCUGCCCCAAUUUGUGGUGAAGAUGUUAGUUUACUCUCCAUUUUACGAAAAAAUGUUGGUAAAGAUUUAUCAACUGUUGCAAUGCCAAUUUCCCUAAAUGAACCAAUAAAUAUUUUACAAAAUAUGGCUGAAGCAUUAGAAUAUAGUGAAUUAUUAGAUAAAGCUGCAAGCUUUGAUAAUUCAUUAGAGAGAUUAAUAUAUGUAGCUGCAUUUGCUGUGUCAGGAUAUUCUUCUACCUAUUUUAGGACGGGUAGGAAACCCUUUAAUCCACUUCAUGGUGAAACAUACGAGUGUGUUAGACCAGAUAAAGGAUUUAAGUUUAUUUCUGAAAAAGUUAGUCACAAUCCACCAAUAAUGGCUUGUCAUGUAGAUUCCCCAAAUUGGACUUAUUGGCAAGAUUCGAAAGUGAAAAGUAAAUUUUGGGGUAAAUCGAUGGAAUUUAUCCCGAUCGGUACAAUACAUAUUACCAUACCUAAAUAUAAUGAUCAUUUCACAUUUGCAAAACCUUCUACAUGGAUGCGUAACAUGAUAUCCGGGACAAAAUAUAUUGAACAUACCGGAAUGAUGCGAAUAGAGAAUAGAACAACGGGAGAAGCUUGUGAGAUCACGUUUAAUCAAAGUGGAUUAUGGAGUAGGUCUCCAAAUAGUGAGAUAGUUGGAAUAUUAUUUACGUCAAAUGGUGAAAAAUCUGGAAAGCUUGUUGGUAAAUGGAAUGAAAUAAUAUUUCAUGAGAAAGAAGGUCCAAAUCAUCUGGAAGUAAUUUGGAAAGCAAAUUCUCCAAUACCAGAUCAUGAACAAUAUUAUGGGUUUACUCAAUUUUGCAUAGAGUUAAAUGAAUUAACAUCGGAUCUUGAAGGAUAUUUACCAAAUACUGAUACUAGACUUAGACCAGAUCAAAGACUUUUUGAAAAUGGUGAAGUUGAAAAAGCAGAGGCAGCAAAACUUCGUUUAGAACAAAAACAAAGGGAGUAUAGAAAGUUACUUGAGGAAAGAGGGGAACAGUGGGUUCCUCAGUGGUUUAAACUAGAAGGUGAUGAGUGGGUUUAUAAAGGUGGUUAUUGGGAAGCGAGAGAGAAUAAAAGUUUUAAAACAAAACUUCAUCUGUGGUAG